GGAUGUUGUCCUGACGUCACAGUUUUGCGCUCUUCCUUUAAUCUCUCUAUUAAAAAAUAGGACAUUUAUAUUAGCCUUCUUAUUAAUUUCAUUUGAUGAGAGUAUUUAGAGAGCAUGGAUUAUGAGUUUAAGGCAAAGAUUGCCACGCAACGAAAAAAAGUAGAAGAUCUGUUCACCUACGAGGGAUGCAAGGUUGGUCGAGGAACUUACGGACAUGUAUACAAAGCGACCAGCAAAAAUUCAGAUGAUGCUAAAGAAUAUGCCUUAAAGCAAAUCGAGGGUGCUGGAAUAUCUAUGUCUGCUUGCAGAGAAGUGGCGUUACUUCGAGAAUUGAAACACCCAAAUGUAAUUAGUCUGUUGAAGGUCUUCCUAUCACAUGCAGAUCGUAAAGUUUGGCUCUUAUUUGAUUUUGCAGAGCACGAUUUAUGGCACAUAAUAAAGUUCCAUAGGAAUGCAAAAUCGAAUAAAAAGCAGGUGAAUGUUCCAAAGAAUAUGGUUAAAUCGUUAUUGCACCAAAUUUUGGACGGUAUUCAAUAUCUCCACUCCAAUUGGGUUCUUCAUAGAGAUCUAAAACCGGCAAAUAUAUUGGUAAUGGGACAAGGAUGUGAGAAAGGAAGGGUUAAAAUAGCUGAUAUGGGAUUUGCCAGAUUAUUUAAUUCCCCUUUAAAGCCGCUGGCAGACUUGGACCCUGUUGUUGUCACAUUUUGGUAUAGAGCACCGGAAUUACUUUUGGGUGCGAGGCAUUAUACAAAAGCUAUUGAUAUUUGGGCAAUUGGUUGUAUAUUUGCCGAGUUGCUUACCUUUGAGCCAAUAUUCCAUUGUAGGCAGGAGGAUAUAAAGACAUCUAAUCCUUAUCAUCAUGAACAAUUAGACAGAAUAUUUACAGUUAUGGGAUAUCCUAAUGAGAGGGAUUGGGUUGAUAUAAAACAUAUGCCAGAAUAUCACACGCUAAUAAAGGAUUUUAAGAAGAACUCUUAUCAUAGUUCGAAUUUGGGUAAAUAUAUGGAAAAACAUAAGACAAAACAAGACUCUAGAGAAUUUCGUCUGCUGCAAAAGCUAUUAAUAAUGGAUCCGACAAAGAGGUUAAAAGCAGAAGAAGCUAUGCAAGAUUCUUAUUUUGUUGAGGAACCUUUACCUUCUUCAGACGUCUUCGAUGGUGGACCAAUCCCAUAUCCCGAGAGAGUAUUUCUUGCUGACGAUGAUACUGAAGAUAAAUCGGCAGCCGUAAAGACGAGUCAUCAACCGCCAAAAGUAUCAGGACACGACCAAGACGUUCCGCCGGCGAAACGUAUGAAAUAUCCAUCAACAACCGCUUCCGAUUUCGUGAGUAUUCAACAGCACGAGCUUACUCGUAGUUCGAAUUAUCUCAACUUUCCCCUAAUUUAACCGUCGAAUGAAAAAUACUAUAUAAAAGAAACAAACAACUUAUGGGAAUUGAAGAAAUUAUCCCGUUUUCAUCUUCUUUCUUUUUAUUUUUUUUUUAAACAAAAAACUAAGAUACUAAUAUUUAAAAGAAAAUAAAGAGUAUAAUAAUUUUCUUUGACAAACAUUUACAAACACAGUUUAAAAAAAAAAAGAAAUAAAAUUCUAUUUAAUUGUGAUGAAACUGUGAUUGUAGUUUUGUUGUUUUUAGUCAAAUUUAUUAUUAUAAAUUUGUGUACAUAAGCUUUUUUUUCGGUCUAAUACUCUUUGAUUUAAAGAAAUAUUAAGCCAAUAUGACAAAAAAGAAAGGAUCUGGUUGAGAUUUUUUCUUUUCUUCCCAAUUUUAUGUUCCCCUUUUUUUUCUUGCAUGUCAAUAUUAGUUAUUCGAAUGACAUGUUAUCAUUCUUCUCAUACCUUACAAGAAAUGAUAAGGCGUACAUAAAAACAAAAUAAGGAAAAAUAAUAGAUAUUCAACUAAGAAAAGGAAAAAUAUCGAAUUAAGUGAAAGCUAAAGAUAAUAAUCGAUCAUAAGUUAAUUAUAUUUUAUGAAAAAAUAACGUGUUAAACAGAAUAAGGUGCAACAAUAUCAAGCUUAUGCCGGAAGAAAAUAAUUAAUUAUGACAAUUAAUUGCAAGCAGAGAUCGUCCCAGACCACG